GCCAAGCUCAAACGGCACUUGGGCUUACCCUUUCAAGACAAAGGCAUCGAUUCGUUGGCCUUGAACCUGUCAGUGGCGGUUCAAGCAAAGGACUAUGCCAACAGGGUGCCGGGGAAUCGCUUGGGCACGUUCUACAUGCUGGCACAGGCCAAGUUCUCUCCUUUGCAGCCCUAUGUGCAGCACUUGAUCGUCGCCACGAACCGGAGCACCCGCCUCCCCGAGCAUUGGCUCCGCUGGACCGGCGCCGAGCAGCGAACCUACACCGCGGAGGAGAUCGAUGCCUGGCGAGCGGCGGCGGCGGCGCAGAAGCGAGAGCAUGGGAGAGCGGAAAGCCAGGUGUCAAACAAGAUGGAGCGCUGGCCACAUCAGAAAGACUGCUUGGAGCAAUGCCGAGCUUUUAUUGCGAACCAAUCGGAGAUGGCAAAGAAGGACUUCUUUGUGCAGAUGGCCACUGGCACGGGGAAGAGCCUGGUCAUGGCGGAUCUUUUGGCUAACUUAGGUCCUGCAGGAAAGGCUUGCGUGAUUGUCCCAAAGUUGGAUUUGAUGGAACAGAUGACAGUCAUGUUGGAAGAUGUUCUGCCAUCGAUGUGCAUUUCUCGGGUUGGUACGGGAUGGAGGGCCAACUUAACAGCCGAUGUGUUUGUUUGUGUGCGAAACUCAGCAUGGCAACUUGAGAACUUCUCCUUUGAUCUCCUGCUGCUUGAUGAGGCUCAUCAUUACGAACCAAGUUUGCAUUCUGAUUCCACCAAUCUUUGUGGGCCUCACUUAAGACAGGUCUUGUCGCUGAAAGCAGACAAGCGUCUCUUCUUCUCGGCUACCCUCCUCCAGAACUUUCCAGACUUCGACUUCAGCCUCAGGCCUGCCAUUGAAGCUGGCGUCAUCCAGGAUUAUUCCAUUGUGGUCCCCGUGAUCUCUGAAGGGGAUCCACGUCCCAGCCUGGUAGAGAUUAUUCAGGACCUUCCUUUGUCAAGGAAGAUUCUGGCGUUUUGCAACACAGUCUACGAAGCGAAGCGGUUCACCAAGCUACUCAUUGCUGCUGGCAUUCCAGCAGACCACUACAAUGCAGAAACCAAACAGUCACGCAGGCAAGCCAUUUUGAGUAGCUUUGCAUUGAGUGAAGGAGGUGGAGGUAUUCGUGUCCUGGUCACCGUGGAUGUUCUCAGCGAGGGCGUUGACUUACCAUGGGCAGACACUUGCUUAUUUGUCGCCCCGAGGCGUGGUAUCAGGUUUAGACAGUGCAUUGGGCGGGUGCUUCGAAGGGAGUCAAGAAAGCUUGAUGCCCUUGUCAUCGCGCCACCCAUUGUCGUCAAUCUUGCAAGUGGUAAUUUGACUGAAGAUCAAGAGUUGAGACGAUUGCUUCAAGAGCUAGCAAGUGUUGAUAACGUGUUUCGGAGAUAUUUGGCGGAAAAAUCAACGGGGCAGACCUUGCCCUUGGCUAUUCAAGCUGGUGGGCUUCCCGGGGCCACUUCGGAGGAGAUGGCAGUUGAACAAGCUGCGGAAUUGCUUGAGCUUCGGGUCCUACCAUCCGUCUUGGCAAGGUUUCCGACAACCUGGGAAAGCUGGUAUGACAGAUUGCUGCAUUACAAAGAGGAAAAGGGGGACAUACUGGUGCCUCACGCAUACAAAACCCCAGAUGGCCACAGCCUCGGCUUUUGGGUCAGCAAUCAGCGUGCAGCAAAAGCAAAAGGCAAAUUGGCUGCGGAACGUGUUGCACUCUUGGAUGAGCAAGGAUUUGUUUGGAGUAUUUAUAAUGGUCAUGAAUCAUGGGAACGCUGGAAUGAUAGAUUGCGAGAUUACAAAGAAGAAUAUGGCGACGUACUAGUGCCUAAAGCAUACAAAACCCCAGAUGGCUACAGCCUCGGCAGUUGGGUCAGCAAUCAGCGUGCAGCAAAAACAAAAGGCAAAUUGUCUGCGGAACAUGUUGCGCUUUUGGAUGAGCAAGGCUUUGUUUGGAGUGUUAUUAGUCGUGAAUCGUGGGAAGGCUGGUAUGAUAGAUUGCGGCAUUAC